CGUGGGGCUUCACGCUCGCCGUCUUUAAGUGGACAGCGCGCAUGCGCCUACUUCCUCUUUCCCGGCUGGAACCAUGGAGGGUGCAGAAGAGAAGAAAAAGAAGGUUCCUGCUGUGCCAGAAACCCUUAAGAAAAAGCGGAAGAAUUUCGCAGAGCUUAAGAUCAAGCGACUGAGAAAGAAGUUUGCCCAAAAGAUGCUUCGAAAGGCAAGGAGGAAGCUUAUCUAUGAAAAAGCUAAGCAUUACCACAAGGAAUACAGGCAGAUGUACAGAACUGAAAUUCGAAUGGCUAGGAUGGCACGAAAAGCCGGUAACUUCUAUGUACCCGCGGAACCCAAAUUGGCAUUUGUCAUCAGGAUCAGAGGUAUCAACGGUGUGAGCCCAAAGGUUCGAAAGGUGCUGCAGCUCCUUCGCCUCCGGCAGAUAUUCAACGGCACCUUUGUGAAGCUCAACAAGGCAUCAAUUAACAUGCUGAGAAUUGUGGAGCCAUACAUUGCAUGGGGGUACCCAAAUCUGAAGUCUGUAAAUGAAUUGAUUUACAAGCGUGGUUAUGGCAAAAUCAACAAAAAGCGAAUUGCCCUGACAGACAACGCAUUGAUUGCUCGAUCUCUUGGGAAAUAUGGAAUCAUCUGCAUGGAGGAUCUGAUUCAUGAGAUCUAUACCGUUGGAAAACGUUUCAAAGAAGCAAACAACUUCCUGUGGCCCUUUAAAUUGUCUUCUCCACGAGGUGGAAUGAAGAAAAAGACCACCCAUUUUGUAGAAGGUGGAGAUGCUGGCAACAGGGAAGACCAGAUCAACAGGCUUAUUAGAAGGAUGAACUAAGGUAUCUACCAGGAUUAUUAUUGUAAUCUGGUUAAUAAACAAUUGAAACAAAUUGAAA